GAGAACUGGCUCAAAGGGAAUUAGUCCAGGAUAAUGAUUUUUAGAAUGUUAUAAAUGAGAAGAUACAGCAAAACUUUAUCAUUCAAACUAAUUUCAAUAAGCACUAGAAUUCAGUUCAGUUCAGUUCAAUUCAAAGUAAAAAUGAAUAAAAAUGUUUUGGCAGUAGUAGUAGGGAUAGUUUUACUACUCAACUUCGAAGCUUGUUAUGGUCAACUACAAGUCGGAUUUUACAACGGACGAUGUGGAAAUCAAGAUGUUGAAUCUAUUGUAAACAGUGUUGUAACGGAACGGUUCACCAGUGACCCCUCGAUUGUCGCUGCACUUCUUCGCAUGCAAUUCCAUGACUGCUUUGUUAAUGGAUGUGAUGCAUCAUUGCUUCUCGAUGGAGUUUCAAGCGAAAAAACUGCAGGCGCCAACCUAAAUGUAAGAGGUUUUGACUUAAUCGACGAUUCAAAGACUGCAAUUGAACAAACUUGUCCAGGAAUCGUCUCUUGUUCGGAUAUUGUUAUCAUGGCGACUAGGGAUGCCGUUGCCUUGAGCGGAGGACUAGGUGCACGAUAUGAAGUAGAAACAGGAAGGAGAGAUGGUUUUGUCUCCCAAGCUACUGAUGUCAAUCUUCCAGGUCCUGCAAUUUCAGUCUCGGGCGCUAUCGAUUUGUUUGAUAGGAAGGGACUUACUGGCGCUGACAUGCUGGUACUACUGGGUGGUCACACGGUCGGAACUGCACACUGUAAUUUUUUCCAUGAUCGUCUUUGGAAUUUUCAAAACACCGGGUUUGCAGAUCCAUCAAUGGACCCUGCUCUAGUCGCGACUCUGCAAUUUCUAUGUCCACAAUUUACAAAUGACCCAAGCGUUGUGGUCGACUUGGACCAAAACCCUUCAAGUUCUAAUAUUGUUGAUAAUUCGUUUUACCAACAGAUAAGUUUUAGCAGAGGUAUCCUAGAAAUUGAUCAAAAACUUGCAUUGGAUCCAUCAACAACAGACGCUGUCACUAUACUGGCUAAUGAUGGAGAUAGAUUUCUUAAUCUUUUUGGUACGUCCAUGGUCAGGUUGGGUGCCGUAGGCAUACUUACCGGCACUGCCGGAGAGAUUCGAUUCAGAUGUAACUCUGUUAACUGAUUUACCCUUACCGCCAAUCAAAUCGUGAUAAUAGUACAAUUGUUUCCACUUUCUAUUUGUUUUGCGUUUGUUAAUUAAAAUACCUACGGUACUUUUGAUAAGUGCGGAAGAUGUGUAUACAUGUAAAUUUGUCUUAUUAUAAUAACGAAAC